AUGUCUCAACUUCCCAAACGAAUCAUUAAAGAAUCCCAGAGAUUGAUUUCUGAUCCGGUUCCGGGAAUCACCGCUGUUCCCCACGAGGAUAAUUUACGCUACUUCCAAGUCACUAUUCAAGGCCCCAAGGAAUCUCCGUAUCAAGACGGCUUGUUUAAACUUGAGUUGUACUUACCUGAUGACUAUCCGAUGGUUGCUCCAAAAGUCAGGUUUCUAACCAAAAUAUAUCAUCCAAAUAUAGACAGAUUGGGAAGAAUAUGCCUGGACGUGUUAAAGAAAAACUGGUCCCCUGCCUUACAAAUUAGAACUAUCUUGCUUUCAAUCCAGGCUUUGCUCAGCGCCCCCAAUCCAGACGAUCCGCUGUCGAACGAGGUGGCUGAACAUUGGAAAAGGGACGAACAGGAUGCAAUUGCUACAGCUAAAGAGUACACUAAGCUAUAUGCAACCGAACAAUAG